ACAUAAAACACUUCUUUUUGCAACCAGCGGAGUCGCCCUCUGCUGCAGGGGCGUAGCCAUCAUUUCUGAAGUGAGGGGGACAGACGGAUCAGAUGGAAGACACUUUUUAUUUAAUGAUUUAUUGAAAGAUCCUCUCUUAUUCGACCAAACCAAACAACCAAAAACACCUGAUGACUUGGAGAAAAGGUCAUCUUCUACAGCGGGCAGCCAGAGUACCACGCCAGGUGAAGAACUCCAGUUCUUUAAAAUGAUCAAGAUCUUAAAUGAAAAUCAGAAGAUCAAGCUGCUGAGCUCAGGUUGAGUUCACUCGGCGCACAUGGGAAGCAGUCAGACUUUUUUAGUGACAUGAAGAAUUACGAGAAAGUUCAGUACAACAUGGUUCCUAUUAGCAGUUAGGUCAAGUCAAGAGCACAAGAAAUGAAUUCCACGAAAACAUUGACAGUGACAAUAAAUUAAAUAUGAAAAUAUUCAGUAAAACAUCAUUAAGAUGUGGGCAAUAUGAAAUUCAGGUACAACAGCAUGGUGCGUUCCAGACAACUCGGAAAAACAAACUCUGACACAUUAAAAAGAAAUUGAACGGUUGUCCAACCCGGGAGUACAGGUCAAAAAGGUGUGGCCACAGGGGGGGACAAAUACAGAAACUGUGGGGUCAUGUCCCCUGCCUACCCCUGCAUCCACUAUGCCCCUGCUCCUCUGGUCAUUCGAGGGAGUACAGGUUUCAGGAAUGUCCGCACUGGCCUCACUUUACGGACCCGGUGACUACGUCCAUUUCUUUAUACAGUCUAGGGUUGGUUUGUGGAGAGAAACUGUCCUUGUGAAUGGUUGUUCACAGGUUGUAAAGUGCUUUAUGGCGCCCUCUAGAGGGCACAAGUUGAAGGAAGUUACACCCACCGACUGUAUAGUGACUGAGCUUCACCCAGAGGGAGAGUGGUCUUAUCCAGCCUGACUCAGGACUUGCCCAAGUGCUGGACCACCGAGUCACAUUAAAUCAAACAGCUCUUUGACACAGUUUAUCCAAAAUAUAUAUAUAUUUUUUAAAUAAGUCUCCCAAAGGGGAUUUAUUUUUUAGGACUAUGUUAUUGCAGUGUCUGUGUCAAGUACAUUAGGAAUCUUAACAGACAUUAAACGUGAAGGUGACAGUGUUUGUGUAACCGCGAUACGGAGGAUUACUGUUCCCACGGAGCCGCGUGUUACAGCAUUGCUCACGUCAGAUCUGUCACGAGAAGUGUUACGACGACCUUCGAAAAAGAAGCAGGUGCAGUUCGGCAUGUGUUCUGAGAUAUUCUCCACGUGCGUCUUACUGUUUCUGAUAGUCAGUAUAAAAAGGAUUAGUAACAGUAGAGGUGUUUUUAUAUUUCAAAAGAUUAUGUAGGACUGCCAACAGUGAUACCACCGCUUGCUGCUGCUGCUUGCGUGGACUACUGGUUAUAAAUAGACCAUAGAAUAUAGAUAUGCAGUCGGCCAUGAGCAAUGACCCUGUGUGUGGAAAGGUAUCUCUGAUCGUCUCCCAAUCAGCAUUUCCCACACCCUCCCUCCCGCCCGCAAAAACCUCCUUGAAGUAAUUUUAGAAGUAAUUUUUGCUCUUUCGCGACACAAACCUUGAAUCACACACACACAGGCACUGAUAUAAACAUGUUGGUCUUUUUCUGUUCUGGAGGUCAGGAAGAGAAAAGAAUACCAGCCUCACAGGUGGUCUGGGGAGGGAGGGAGGGAGGUGUUGCCAUGCAGAGGUAUCUCAUCCCAUGGAUCAGGCUUUUAACGGGGCCCACCACUGUGUAUCCAGGCAAGGAGCAGCGCAAACGGUACAUGUGUCUUACAGGUCUAGUGAGAGCACAUCGGCAUCUGACACCGAGCUGGGCUGUAGGCCUACGUGGCCUCCCAAGGUUACCGAGCCGCUGCAGAGCAAAUCAGGCGACUUAUAUUUAGCCUUGUAAAUGGCGCUCUACGGAUUAUGUCUUGUAGCUCUCCAGUUUCGUCUUCAGUGCGUUUUGUCGCAUGAAGGGGGUUGGGUGUGAGGGCGGUGGUAUUGUGGAUCCUGAAGUGGCUGCUAUUCAGGUGUGGAGCAGGGUCACUCUCUUUCCUUCCCACUGGCGUCCACGCUCUAACAUACAUACAUCUGGAGAACACAUUGUUCAGGGUCUCACGUAUUUCACUCUUGCCCCCCGGGGGUGGAGGGGCUAUUCCAAGAAUCCAAAGGACACCGAAGAAGGCGCACUUCAGUCGGACCGGCAGGUCAGCCGGGAGCUGCUGCACUUUCCAGUCGAGGACGACCAGCCUCGCGGGAAGUUAUCGGAGAUUCUUUUCAAAAAGGGCUACUGAGGUCGUGGAUCGCACGUUACCAUGGAUGUACUUGCCUUGGAGGCAAAGAAUGUGACUACGGCAGAGGCCGAGAAGAAAUCUGCACCCAGGCCAAAACCGAAACCUCCCAAAAAGGCCAAAAGGACUGUUUUCUUUGAGGUGGAGAUCGUGGACUUAAAGACCAAGGAGAAACUCUUACUGCUGGACAAGGUGGAGCCAACUGCCACCGUUUUGGAUAUUAAAGCUUUGUUCCACAAAUCGUAUCCAAAGUGGUAUCCGGCCAGACAAUCGCUGCGUCUCGAUCCAAAGGCCAAGUGUCUCAGGGAUGAGGACAUUCUCCAGACACUUCCUGUGGGAACCACAGCCAGCUUUUACUUCAGCGACCUGGGACCCCAGGUCACGUGGGGAACCGUGUUCCUGACAGAGUGUGCAGGUCCACUGAUCAUCUACUUAAUGUUCUACUUCCGCCUCCCCUUCAUCUACUCGCCUAAAUAUGACUUCACCAGCAGCAAGCAGUGGGUCGUACACUUGGCCUGCAUGUGCCACUCCGUCCACUACGUCAAGAGGAUUUUGGAGACGCUGUUUGUCCAUCGCAUCUCUCAUGGGACCAUGCCUCUUAGAAACAUAUUUAAGAACUGUGGCUAUUACUGGUGCACUGCAGCUUGGAUGGCGUACUACAUAAACCACCCUCUCUACACCCCUCCCUAUUAUGGGCAGCCUCAGGUGAAUACAGGACUGUACAUUUUCUUGGUCUGUCAAGUGGGGAACUUUUCCAUCCACGUUGCUCUACGUAACCUCAAGAGUCAAUGUGCAAAGGCUAAGAAGAUUCCUUUUCCAACGAAAAAUCCAUUCACGUGGAUUUUCUGGCUGGUCUCCUGUCCAAACUAUACUUAUGAGCUGGGCUCCUGGAUCGGCUUCACGGUGAUGACCCAGUGCGUGCCCGUGGCUUUCUUCACGCUCGUGGCCUUCAUCCAGAUGACCGUGUGGGCCAAGGGCAAACACCGCAGCUACUUGAAGGAGUUCAGAGAUUAUCCAACCCUGCGCUCCUCCAUACUCCCAUUCAUCCUGUAGAGCUGGCGAAGAAAAAGAAAAGGCUUCUACACUCACACAUCCAACUCCUCCCUGAUUGGGUCCCCCUCUCGAGGGCCCCUCCAUCCAUUUGGAUGUCAGGCAGUUGCAGUAAUAGACUUGUGAAACUCGCAAAGGAAGCCUUCAGAGUUAAAUACAGAAAAGUCUUAAUUCAAUGUUUUAAUGUGAAGAUGAAAAAAAUAUCCUUUUUAUUUUACUACUUUGAUGAGUUGAUGUAGAGUUUUGUUUGCAUUAUUUCCGUAGCUGUUGGCGGCCUAAUCAGUGAAGUUUCACACAGCGCUGGGAAACAAAAAGGGGCUCAUCUGCAUUGUGAAACUCGAAUGCAGCCUGGAGCUGACAACUGCUUGGCCUCACGCAGCUCACGAUUGAUAGGACGGAUCCAAGUGACCUCUACAUUAUGGCAGUGCUGUUAGAUCUGGAUUUGGAAUUGUUUUCCCGAUUCCCCCGUUUCCCACCGUGGCUUCUUCUUUUUGUCUGUAUUUGAACGGAGUGUAUUUCUGGGAUAGGAAAAAUAACGAGAGGAAAAACACUGGUGAUAGCGUGCACAGACAUGUCCUGCAGAAAUACACCUCUUACUCACCCAGGAUGAUUAUAUUGCAAAAGGUGUUCGGCUGCAAAAGCGCAAAGGCCACGUUUCAGCCAUCAAUUCUUGUAUCUUUGUGUCAUGUACAUUUUUUAGAGUCUGCUUUUCCCCAAUCUGUUAUUCUUGUUCUAAUGUGACAAUUUGUGCAGCUGUAAAACAUAUUUUUUGUUCCUUCAAAUGUUUGGAGAAAAUACCUUCAAAACAUGAAAGACAAGUUCCCCCACUGAGAUUUCAUUUUCACCUAAUGAGCCUCCAUAAUAAAUAAUGAGAUAAUC